AUGGCACCCCGGCCGCUGGAUGAGACCGUUCCCUUUCGAGGGCCUCCAGUAGGUCAUUGCUUGGAGGAAGAGGAAGAAGCCUCAGACACUUGCUGUGAUGCCGAGGAGUCGCAGCAGCUGGACGACGACGAACCCGUUGCGCUUCAAGUGCUCCGAGGCAGCGCUUCCAAACUGCCAAGGUGUGGUCACGGCUACACCCUUGGCCAGAUGGGAGGAUGCUUAUGCGUAGAAGGGGCCGUGUGCCCUGCCACUGAGUUCACCUACAUUGAAGAGAUCUAUGGUCCGUACAACCCUCUCCCCCAUCAAGAUCAUCAACACGAAAUUCCGGCCCAGCUCCCCAAUUUGCUCAACAGACAAGGCGCUUCUCCAGAGGAGACGGAGGAAGACAAGCUCAAGGAACCUUUGAAAGAGCAGGAGGCCGUAGAUGAUGCAGUGGCUCAGCGUCAGAACGAGGAGGCGUUGAAAGAGCAGGAAUAUCAAAGAAAGCGCCGGGAACGUGAGGCCAAGCUUGCCAUGGAAUUGGAGGCCAAGAAGGAGAAGGUGGCACAGGUUUGGACUGAGAUGUGCGAGGUCCUGGAGAAGAAUGCCCAAGAGGUCACCAUGCAAGAGGGCUUGACUGCUGCCAGGCUCAAGCGCCAGACACCGCCUGUUGAGAAAUCUGAAGAUCGACCCCGACGAGUUCAGCGGCGCCGGUGCCGGACCCCACGCUGCAGUGAACUGAGGGGCUCCUUGGAUUUGACCCUGCCACAUGUCCGCGGGCGAAGCCCUUCGCAGCGUGCCAGACCCGUGUGA